AUGUUUGAGAUCGGUUUGAUGAGGGAUCGAGCAAAUCUCCAGCGUGCUGCUGUACUAACGUCUCUACAUCGCAAUGUUCUUGAUUUGACGGUCAGCAUAGCAGAUGCAGUCAGCCGCGCAAUAAUGGAUUUUGAAAAUCAAAUGGUUAAGGCAGAUAGUAUUGAUGCAGUGCUCCAACUCCAGAAAGACGUCGUGUAUCAGAUAUUCAAGGAAAGUCGACUAGAUCAAUGGAAAAAGGUCGCAUAUCUACAACGCUUGGUGGACCUCAUCUCCACGCAUGGUCUCAAUGGACUCAUGUACUCCACGUCGCUGAGCGAGGAUUACUACGUAAUACUGGAAGAUGUGGAGUCCAUGCAACUUAUUGAAUAG